AUGGCGCGCUUCCGUGCUUACGCCAGCGACAGCAGCAGCGAUGAGGAAGAACCCCAACGCGCAGGAACAAGCAGCGCUUCAGGGCGACUACCGGACGAGCAGGAACGCGACGAGCAGCAUGAAUCUGAAUCAGACGAAGGAAGCCUCAGCAACCCGGGAGAGUCGUCAGGUUCCAGUUCAAGUUCUUCUGAUAUGGAUGAAGAUGAGCUAAUUGCUCCUCGAACCAUGAAAAGCGUCAAUUCAAGAGGGCACAACGCGCUUGUCGAGGAUAAAGACGGCGAAAUUCGCUAUGCACAUGAAGUUGAUGUCCGCGUCUCUCCACCUUCUACAAGAUCAUCUCCCCCUUCCAACCCGCGCCAACAUGUCAAUGGGAACCCCACAAUAAUACCAUGGGCACAACAGAUUGGGGUGGACGCGCAAAAGAUGCAUGUCAUGCAAACAUCCUUGUUUCGCAUGCCAGAGGCAGCUGCUCUCAGGGCGCUGAACCAGCCGACAAGACCACAACAAACAACUCGACAAAAUUUAGUUUUACCUGCACAGUCGUUAAAUCGGAAGCACAGUCGCGACUCUGACGGGGAUGGACUGCGGUUUGAUUCUCGGGAGCGGGCUUCAUUCGCUCACGACAUUGAACCACCUCUAUACCGUCCAUCACGAAAAUACGCUCGCGUCGAAAUAAACUCCUCCAUCGCGAAUGGCAAAGAAGGCAUUUACGUCGAUGCAGGUCUUGCUAUGGGUCGUUCUUUCCGCGUCGGUUGGGGGCCUGGCGGGACACUUCUACAUUUAGGCAGCAUCUGCGGUCCAUUGUCUACGUCAGCAAUAUCUGCCAAUUCGUCGGUAGUCACGCUCACCAAAAUCCUUUCUCCUCCCCCACCUAUCGCAGGAUCUUCUUCGGCUCUUGCAUCCAAGCUUCUUCAGCACCACUUAAGCCAUACCCCGAUAUUACCAGACGACGCAGGGGUACCAUUUGCAUAUCCGUCUCCCUCUCCCUCCUCUUCCUCGUCAUCUGAUCCAGCUUCAAGUCCGGAACCGCCGUCUUCCAACCCCUUGAGCUUUGACACAUUUGCUUCCCUCUUCCCUACGACAGAUUCCUCAAGUCCUGCUGCCUUGUUCCGGCUAGGAAGUGCAUUGUUUGAUCCCUUGAAUCUUCACCUUGGUCGACAACCUCCAGGGUCGGACACGACCUCUGGGACUGCAAUUACCCCCGACCUCAGAAAUCGAAUUACCCUGUUGAGAAGGAAGACCGCUCUCAGUAAAUGGCUCAAAGACUCUGUGAAACAGAGCGUAGAUCGAGAUCUCCGAGCCAAAGCUCAUGGGGCUUCCAGUACCAUCCCAUACACCCCAGCUGACACUGCUUUCACCCAUCUUACGGGACAUCAAGUGGAACAGGCCUGCAAUGCAGCGGCCGAUGGAGGCUACCUCAAACUCUCGACCCUUAUCAGUCAAGCUGGGGGUGAUGCCGUCUUCAAAGAGGAUGCUCGGUCGCAGGUGGAAAUCUGGAAAAACGAAAAGCUUACUCCAGGAAUAGGUGAACUGGGCGGCACACAUAAUGGACUGGUGGGGAAAGGCGUUUGGAAGGUUUACCGCCUUUUGGGAGGUCUUAUCGAUGACGAACCAGACGCGGCACGUAAUGGAGACGAUCUAUGUGCAGGUUUGGACUGGAAGCGAGUGUUUGGGCUUUAUCUAUGGUACGGCACCGACGUGGACGCCACCAUCGCCGAUAUAGUGAGAGCGUAUGAGCCCGCUGCUCAGACUGGUGUGGCGAGACCUCUCCCGACCUGGAUUCUGGAAGGGAAGCAUCCAAAGUUCACCUCUUCCUCUGUUGGCACUUCGCGGCUGGACACCACCUUCUCUUCUGCAUCCCGCGCAAAGGAACCUGACGACCCCUUGUUUGCUCUAAUCAAACUACAUGCGGACCCCGCACUGUCACUCUCGCACAUUCUCGACCCGUUAUCGUUCGCUCCUUCGGGAUUGGAUUGGGGCAUUGGAAUGUGUUGGCAUCUAUACGUGAUACUCUCCCGUGUGAUGCGAGUACGGGACUUUGUGGACAGAGGAGAUCCAGCAGUCCGUAAGUCCCGGAAGCGCAAGACAGAUAAGGGGCUUGUCAAUGGUUGGGGCAGCAGCGGGGGGGAGAGCGAGGAAGAAAACGAAGAGGAUGGUGACGUCGAGGGUCACAGUCCUACUGCCGAUUUGUUGGCUAGCAGCUACGCAUUCGAGCUGGAGAGCUGGGGUAUGAUCCAAGAGGCAGUAUUUGUGCUGCUUCACAUAGAGGGCAGUGUUGGGCGGGAAAAAGCCAUUAAAGCCCUUUUGGCACGCUCAGCUCCAAAAUUCGAUGAAUGGAUGACCAGGGGAAUCGUCGGAAGUUUGAAAAUUCCAAUGGCAUGGGUGGACGAAGCCAAGGCUAUGUAUGCGCUUGACCAAGGCGAUGUUUUCCGUGCCUAUGAGCUCUACACCUCUGCAGGGCUUUACAAUCUCGCGCACGAUGUUGCUGUUCUUGAACUCGCUCCAGAGGCCGUGAUAAGGCGAGAUUUGGGCUUACUCAAAACGUUGUUCGUACCAUUCGACAAGGAUGGCAGGCGAGAUAAAAUCGAUGGUUGGAUUGUUCGUGGCAAGGUGUUCCUGGACUACAUCCACAUUAUGACCCGACUUCCCGAGCUUUAUGAUCAGCUUGCAGAGGAAAGCGGGAGACACGGUGCAGUCCCUGAUGCUUCGCAGCAGGAUGAAAUUGAGGACUUGUCGCGGCGGGUACCAAGGCUAAUUGACAUCCUCCCCAAUGUGCUCCACGGGAGCCGGAAAAUGGACGACAGACACCCGGCUGCGUUGGAAGAAAUGGUGAACGGGCUGCUUGGCGUGGUAGAGAGGGCAAACCCGCUCAUCCUCUCUCAAAUCCAGCAACUGGGCACGGUGGAUGGAGCUGCCAAGAUAGGACUUGUUCGCGGGAUGGGACUUACUCGCUUUCUGCGGAGUGUUGGGGCCUAA